GUGCAUGCGAACGCAGCCACCAGCCCCCAGAGUCCGGCUCCUCAGAGAGGGGGAUCUGGAGGAGCUCUGGCUGGCUGGGGCUGGGGGCUCAGCCGUGGGGUGAGAGGAGGAGAAACAGUGUGAGGAGAACCAGCAUGGAGUCUGCGUCCCACCAGGAUGAUGCAAAGAAGAGGCAACAGAAGGAGAAGUCCAAGAAGCCAGUGCCACCAGUAGCCCCUCGGCCAGCCAGGGCUCUGUUCUGCUUAACCCUACAGAACCCACUGCGGAAGGCAUGCAUCAGCAUCGUGGAGUGGAAACCUUUCGAGAUCAUCAUCCUCCUGACCAUCUUUGCCAACUGUGUUGCCCUGGCCAUCUACCAGCCCAUGCCGGAGGAUGACACCAACGUGGCCAACUCCAGUCUGGAGAAGUUAGAAUACGCCUUCCUGAUCUUCUUUGCCAUCGAGGCCAUGCUCAAGAUAAUAGCUUAUGGGUUUCUAUUCCAUACGGACGCCUAUCUCCGAAAUGGCUGGAAUGUGCUCGACUUCUCCAUCGUGUCCCUGGGGCUUGUCACCAUGACCCUGGAGCAGAUCAAUGCAAAGGAGGGAUCUCUGGGAGGGAAAGGUGGCUUUGAUGUGAAGGCCCUGCGAGCAUUUCGUGUGCUGAGACCUCUGCGCCUGGUGUCUGGAGUGCCAAGUCUGCAGGUUGUCCUGAACUCCAUUAUCAAAGCCAUGGUGCCUCUGCUCCACAUCGCGCUGCUCGUCCUCUUCAUGAUCAUCAUCUAUGCCAUCGUGGGGCAAGAGCUCUUCAAGGGCAAGAUGCACAAGACCUGCUACUACCUUGGGACAGAUGUGAUUGCCACAGUAGGGUCAGAGAAGCCAGCCCCCUGCACAAUCUCUGGCCAUGGGCGUCACUGCUCCAUCAAUGGCACCGAGUGCCGAGGUGGCUGGCCGGGACCCAACAACGGCAUCACUCACUUCGAUAACUUUGGCUUUGCCAUGCUGACUGUCUACCAGUGCAUCACCAUGGAGGGCUGGACCGAAGUGCUCUACUGGGUUAAUGAUGCCAUUGGGAAUGAAUGGCCCUGGAUCUACUUUGUCAGCCUUAUUUUGCUUGGUUCCUUCUUUGUUCUCAACCUGGUGCUGGGGGUGCUCAGUGGGGAGUUCACCAAAGAGCGUGAGAAGGCCAAGUCACGAGGCACGUUUCAGAAGCUGCGGGAGAAGCAGCAGCUGGAGGAGGAUCUGAAGGGCUACAUGGACUGGAUCACCCAUGCGGAGGUGAUGGACAGUGACCGGACCAGAGGAGAAGGUAUGAUGCCGUUGGAUGAAGGAGGGUCAGAGACAGAGAGCUUGUAUGAACUUGAGGGCAUGAACAAAUGGAUUCUCUACUUCCGGCAGUGGAGGCGUUGGAACCGAAUGUUUCGUAGGAAGUGCAGGGAUGUGGUGAAAUCCAAGUUCUUCUACUGGCUGGUCAUCCUGCUGGUGGCACUGAACACCCUCUCCAUUGCCUCUGAGCACCAUUUCCAGCCUGAAUGGCUGACAAUUGUACAAGACAAUGCCAACCGGGUGCUGCUUGCACUCUUUGUGGCCGAAAUGCUGCUGAAGAUGUACGCACUGGGCCUGCGCCAGUACUUCAUGUCCCUCUUCAACCGCUUCGACUGCUUUGUUGUGUGUGCGGGGGUCCUGGAGAUCAUCCUGGUGGAGCUCAGCACCUUGUCACCCCUGGGCAUCUCUGUGCUGCGCUGCAUCCGGCUGCUCCGCAUCUUCAAGAUCACCAGGUACUGGACAUCACUGAGUAACCUGGUGGCCUCUCUGCUCAACUCGGUGCGCUCCAUUGCCUCUCUGCUCCUCCUCCUCUUCCUCUUCAUCAUUGUCUUUGCCCUGCUGGGCAUGCAGCUCUUUGGGGGCAUGUAUGACUUUGAGGACAUGGAAGUCCGACGCAGCACAUUCGACAACUUCCCCCAGGCCCUCAUCAGUGUCUUCCAGAUCCUGACUGGAGAGGACUGGAAUUCAAUAAUGUACAAUGGGAUAAUGGCUUACGGGGGCCCAUCCUUCCCUGGCAUGCUGGUCUGCAUUUACUUCAUCAUCCUCUUUGUCUGUGGGAACUAUAUCCUCCUCAAUGUCUUCCUGGCCAUUGCAGUUGAUAAUCUGGCUGAGGCUGAGAGCCUGACCUCAGCUCAGAAGGCCAAAGCUGAGGAACGCAAGCGGCGCAAGAUGUCCAGAGGUUACCCAGAGAAGUCUGAAGAUGAAAAGCAGAUGUUGGCAAAGAAGCUUGAGCAGAAAGCGAAGGGAGAAGGGAUUCCCACGACAGCCAAGUUAAAAGUGGAUGAAUUUGAAUCCAAUGUCAAUGAAAUCAAGGAUCCCUACCCCUCCGCAGACUUCCCAGGUGAUGAUGAGGAGGAUGAGCCUGAAAUCCCCCUGAGUCCUCGGCCACGUCCUCUGGCAGAGCUCCAGCUGAAAGAGAAGGCUGUGCCUAUGCCUGAAGCCAGCUCCUUCUUCAUCUUCAGCCCAACAAAUAAGUUUCGGAUGCUGUGCCACAGAAUCGUCAACGCCACUUGGUUCACCAACUUCAUCCUGCUCUUCAUCUUGCUCAGCAGCAUCUCCCUGGCAGCUGAGGAUCCCAUCCGAGCCGAGUCGUUCCGCAACCAGAUUCUUGGAUACUUUGACAUCGGUUUCACUUCUGUCUUCACUGUUGAAAUUGUCUUGAAGAUGACAGCAUACGGUGCUUUCCUGCACAAAGGCUCCUUCUGCAGGAACUCAUUCAACAUCCUCGACUUGCUGGUGGUUGCUGUGUCCCUCAUCUCCAUGGGAUUCGAGUCCAGCACCAUCUCAGUGGUGAAGAUCCUCCGGGUGCUGAGGGUGCUGAGGCCUCUGCGAGCCAUUAACAGGGCGAAGGGGCUGAAGCACGUGGUCCAGUGUGUGUUCGUGGCCAUCAAAACCAUUGGUAACAUUGUGGUCGUCACGACGUUGCUGCAGUUCAUGUUUGCCUGCAUCGGGGUGCAGCUCUUCAAGGGCAAGUUUUACAGCUGCACAGAUCCCUCCAAGCUAACAGAGAAGGAGUGCAGGGGGCAUUUCAUCAACUACGUGGAUGGGGACCCAACUCAGAUCGAGCUGAAGGAGCGGGUCUGGUUCCACAAUGCCUUUCACUUCAACAAUGUCUUCUCAGCCAUGAUGUCGCUUUUCACUGUCUCCACCUUCGAGGGCUGGCCAGAGCUGCUGUACAGGGCCAUUGACACUAAUGAUGAGAAUAAAGGCCCUAUAUACAACUACCGGGUGGAGAUCGCAAUGUUCUUCAUCAUCUACAUCAUCCUCAUUGCCUUCUUCAUGAUGAACAUCUUUGUGGGCUUUGUCAUUGUCACCUUCCAGGAGCAGGGGGAGAGCGAGUACAAGAACUGCGAGCUGGACAAGAACCAGCGCCAGUGUGUGCAGUACGCACUGAAGGCUCGCCCGCUGCGGCGGUACAUCCCCAAGAACCCCUACCAGUACCAGAUCUGGUACGUGGUCACCUCCUCCUACUUUGAGUACCUCAUGUUCUUCCUGAUCAUGCUGAACACCAUCUGCCUGGGCAUGCAGCAUUACAACCAGUCUGCAGAAAUGAACCACGUCUCAGACAUCCUCAAUGUGGCCUUUACUGUCCUCUUCACCCUGGAGAUGAUCCUCAAGCUCAUGGCCUUUAAAGCCAAGGGCUACUUUGGGGACCCCUGGAAUGUCUUCGACUUCCUCAUAGUGAUUGGCAGCAUCAUUGAUGUCAUCCUCAGCGAGAUUGAUGACCCGGAUGACAACUCCCGUGUCUCCAUCACUUUCUUCCGGCUGUUCCGGGUGAUGCGGCUGGUGAAGCUGCUGAGCCGGGGAGAAGGUGUCAGGACCCUCCUGUGGACCUUCAUCAAAUCCUUCCAGGCUCUGCCCUAUGUUGCCCUGCUGAUCGUGAUGCUGUUCUUCAUCUAUGCUGUGAUUGGGAUGCAGAUGUUUGGGAAGAUUGCCAUGGUGGACGGAACACAGAUCAACCGAAACAACAACUUCCAAACCUUCCCACAAGCUGUGCUGCUGCUCUUCAGGUGUGCCACGGGGGAGGCCUGGCAGGAGAUCCUGCUGGACUGCAGCUAUGGGAAGCGGUGCGACCCUGAGUCCGACUACGCGGAGGGCGAGGAGUACACCUGUGGCACGGGCUUUGCCUACUUCUAUUUCAUCAGCUUCUACAUGCUCUGUGCCUUCCUGAUCAUUAAUCUCUUUGUGGCCGUCAUCAUGGACAACUUUGACUACCUCACACGUGACUGGUCCAUCCUGGGCCCCCACCACCUGGACGAGUUCAAACGGAUCUGGGCUGAGUACGACCCUGAGGCCAAGGGCAGGAUCAAGCACUUGGAUGUGGUGACCCUGCUGAGACGUAUCCAACCUCCCCUGGGCUUUGGGAAGUUCUGCCCUCACCGUGUAGCUUGUAAGCGCCUGGUGUGCAUGAACAUGCCCCUGAACAGCGAUGGCACUGUCACCUUCAAUGCAACACUCUUUGCGCUGGUGAGGACGGCCCUCAAGAUCAAGACAGAAGGUAACUUUGAACAGGCCAAUGAGGAGCUCAGAACCAUUAUCAAAAAAAUCUGGAAGCGAACCAGUAUGAAGCUUUUGGACCAGGUCAUCCCACCUAUUGGAGAUGAUGAGGUGACCGUGGGUAAAUUCUAUGCUACUUUCCUCAUCCAAGAGCAUUUCAGGAAGUUCAUGAAGCGCCAGGAGGAGUACUAUGGGUACCGGCCCAAGAAGAACCCUGUAGAGAUCCAGGCUGGGCUGAGGAGCAUUGAAGAAGAAGCUGCUCCUGAAAUUCAUAGAGCCAUCUCUGGAGACCUGACUGCUGAGGAGGAGCUUGAGAGAGCAAUGGUGGAAGCUGCCAUGGAGGAGGGGAUAUACAGGAGGACGGGCGGUUUGUUUGGCCAGGUGGACAGCUUCCUGGAGCCAAGCAGCCCCCUGCAGCCCCACAUGGCCAGCCAGAGGCCCCUGCAGUUUACAGAGGUGGGCAGUGAAGACCUCGACUCCCCUGUCUUCCUCGACGAUUUCCCCCAGGAAGGCAACACCAAUGUCAACAACGCCAACUGGCUGCAGGGGUUGGAGUACGAGGACGAGGUGCUGAGGAGAGCAGUGCCAGCAGUGCCCAGGCCUAAAGCACGGGAGACUGACCUCCCCAUCCCUUUGGAAAGGCUGCGGCGGAGGCGAGGAGCUGCCUCUGAGCAUCACCCAGCAUCAGGGCAGUGCCUCCAUCCCCAGCAGGACAGCACAGUGACAGCAGCAGCAUCCAGCUCAGAACCCCGGUGGCAUGAAAGCACUGACACAAAUACAACUUCCACUCCUGCCAUCACCUUCCUCAUUCAAGAGGCUCUGAUCUCCGGGGGCCUCGCAGCUCUGGCCCGCGACCCAUCCUUCGUUGCAGUGACCAGGGAUGAGAUGGCAGCCGGCAGUCAGCUGGAGGUGGAUGAAGUGGAGAAAGCAGCAGUGGAGCUGCUAAAGGGAAGAGAAGCACUGCGGGACACAGAAAGCAGCUCUGCCCCCCAGGACACCUUGGCUGCAUCAGGAGUCAGCACCCCAGGGCUCAGUGUGGCCACAUCCCAUCAGACCAGUUCUGCUGCUCGCCUGUGAGCCGCCUGCCAUGCAGCCCAUGGGUACAGCCCCAUUAGGAGGGAUAACAGAGCAGUGCUGAUGGGCUCUGUCUGGCUGCAGGAGGCUUUUUGGACUGGGUCUGCAGGAUGCUGGUGACAGGACAGGAUGAUGCUGUGCCAGAAGGAUCUUGCAGGAGCUGGACAGAUCAUUAAAGUAUCCCUGC